AUGGCAAACACAAUCCACUAUGGAUAUGUAUCGAGCCCUAAAGAGGUAUUGGAACAGUGCCUAAAUGCCUAUAAUUCUGAACGGUUAUUUUGCCAAAUAUUAGCGAACAACCCCGAAUUCAAUAGCUGCUACGUGCAACAUAGAAGAGGAUACAUCAAAGUAACUGUUGCAAAUCAUUAUCUAGCCAAAGGAAACUUUAAUUUAUUCAAAUUUAUCAAAACUGUUACCAUGCCACGAGAUACAGAAACAUACGUUAAGGCUAAGAAGCAAUUGGAAAUCAUACAUCGAAAUGGGAUCAUUCAUGGAGAUAUAUGGAAGGCUAACAUCCUCUACACGAAAGAGGGCAAGGUUUUCAUCAUUGAUUUUGCAUCUUCAAUCCCAGAGAACCAAUCCACUGAUGAAAUCAACAAGGAAUCAGAUAAGGCAGCCUUGGAAAUUAUUUUUGAAGAUUAG